AUGGCUUUCCGUAAAAGACGUCGUGAUUCCGAUGGUGAUUCCGAUGAGGACAGACUUCCGAUCGCAAAAGAUGUUGACGAUGACUUGAAAUCUGAACCAGCUAAGAAAGCAAAGAACAUAUGGUCUGAUAUGCUUCUUGAGGAUCAAUUGCUUGAAAAGGGUUCAAAAAUCAACUUGGAUCGAUCGUCAAGACAUCAACCCAAUGUUUCUCGUGGACCUGAGUCCUACAUAAUGCCACAAGAUGAAUUUCAAAGAAAACAGGCGAACAAAGGGAAAGAGAAGAGACCUCAUUAUGAUAAACCAGUGGUUCUGGUGACUCCAGCAAGUGACGAUUUGUUUGGAGAUGCACCUAGUGCAUUGGACGAAGAGUUUGGAGUCAAGAAAAGUGAAAAGAAACUGGUAACAGAAGAAGAAGAAAGUGGCUGGUGGGGCAAGAAAGGAGCCAACAAGCGAUACCACGAUAAAAUGGCUCAGGAUAGACCACCGAGACCAGCUCAUCAACAAAAGAAAACUGCUCAAUUGAUGGCUGAAGAAUUUACUCUUGAAACUAUGCUCGCUGCUCAAUUCGACAAAGGAUCGACUCUCGAUGAACUCGGAAAUCAGGUUGCUGCUGCGAUGGGAGAAAAAGAUCCAGACACUGUCAAGAAAAUUGUGAAUGCUAUAGGCCGUGAGCUUGCAUUGAAGCUCUUCAAUGAUACCAAAGAAGUGGAGCAGAACGGUGGUAUGAAAGUUGCGGAUGGUAGUCGACGCCGUACUCCUGGAGGAGUAUUCAUCACACUUUUCAAAAUGGAACCGUCGGUUUCUCGAGAAACCAAAAACAAUAUUUUCGACAAUAUGAGAAAUGCUGAUAAGCACCGGUCGAAGCAAAAGAAGAAAGCUCAAAAUUACUCUAGGCAGCUUGAAGACGUGAAGAAGACAAUGGACCUCGUUGCUCAAGCUGAAAGUGAUCUCGCAACUGAAGAACUCGGAACUUCGAAUGACGUCCCAUUCAAUGAUGAUGUCGUCGAUAUGUGCUAA